UCUUGCUUUACUUGCAUUCACACAGAUAUCCAUGGUCGCAGGGCUGCGCCUCGAGACCUUGGAUUCAGGACCGCUCGAUUCUUGAAGAAUCUCGCUUGACAUCACAACGUUGCCGUGUUACGCUAUCUGAAUUCUUACACAUUGUGGCGAAUGAGUCAAGGUUCGAAAGUAAACUUGAAUCUACUAAGUUGGACCAUCACUCCUUAUGAAGUCGACGACGAGGGAAAGAUCGGGGGCUCGUCCUCUGAUGUUUAUAGGGGAACGUGGCUUGAACAAACUGUGGCUAUCAAGGUUGUUGCAGAGACGACUCCAAGAAAUCUAUUCAUCCGAGAGGUCGGGAUCUGGAAGACGCUGCAACACCCGAACGUACUGGAGCUAUAUGGUGCCAGCAGUGCGAGUGGUGAUCCACCGUGGUUCUUCGUCAGUCCCUAUCUGAAGAACGGAACGUUGGUGGAGUUCUUGCGACGGGUGGACGGGGGCACGACUGGAGGAUUAUCCGAUUCGCGGAAUUCUAUGGGUGCUGGCUGGAAGGGAUGGGACCUUCUAAAGUUCAUGCAUGAGGUCGCCGAGGGAAUGGCAUACCUGCAUAGUAACGGCGUGUUGCAUGGAGAUCUCAAGGCAUCUAAUGUUCUUGUCGAUAAUGGGCUUUGCUGCGUCAUCUCUGACUUUGGUCAGAGCGAGAUGAAAUCGGAAGCCUGUCGCAUCAGUGGGAUGCCCCUGCCUUACGGCACAUUGAGGUGGCAGGCGCCGGAAUUGAUGAUGGGUCUAAGCCAGCUGACUACUGAGAUGGACGUGUAUGCAUUUGCGAUGUGCUGUAUCGAGAUUCUGUCCAUGGGACGAAUGCCCUGGCCAUUCAUGGAUGAUUAUGCCGUUAGGAAUUUGGUCCUUGUGAAAGAUUCUCGUCCCGAUAUUCCAUCGACGCAUUUCAGUACUUCAGCUUUGCAAGACUUGAUUGGAACAUGUUGGCAGAGGGAGCCGUCCCUGCGUCCAAACUUCUCCACGAUCGUUCAAGAAUUGAAGCAGAUGCGAAAAAGCUCGGAAUUACCUGAGGUCGUCUCGCUAAAAUUCCCUGAAUGGCGGGACAACGAAAGUUUCGAGUUCCGUGUCUCGCGUCCUAGCCCCGACAUGCAUCCUGUACCUUUGUUACCUGGCACGCCUCCUCGCGACUUGACUCUCGGUCCGCUGCAAGGUUCUCCUUCAGCAUCAUUCCGUACCGCUCGAGACAUGUCGGCCUCACCUCCAAUGCCGUCUCUUCCGUUCCGAGAGGCUCCCAUGAAUGUCCACAUGCCUGAACCCAUGGCAUACAUUUCGUCAGCGCCUUCGAGCCACGCUUCUUCCACUGCCGAGUCGACCACCCCCAGUUUCCAGUCAGAAGAUGAAAGCAUUCGCAAUAUGAUGGAAUACGACGGUUAUGAUUCUCCACCCGUUGCUGAAGCCCGGGAUGAACGCAGGUACAGGCUACUUUUGACCCACGAGUUCCAUCCGUCUCUCACCCUGCCAUUAUGGACCCCGUCUCAGGUGUACCUCGGCGCUGUUGGAUACUUACAGAAGCCAGAGGGUGCCUUUGUAACCUUGUUCAACUGUGUCAAUCCAGAGAAAUCGCCUGAUGAGCAUCCGGUUGGGAUGUCGUCGGUACAUGGAUAUGGCGAGGUUACGGUGCAGAUUCACCGGCCAGACCAGCGUAGCGCCGCCCAAAAGGAUGCUUUUCCUAGCACAUCUUCGCGACGAUAUUCCCACCCGCUUCGUGCCGGACAUAAGACCGCAUUUCUGCACACGGAGACAACAGUUUACACAUAUGUUGAGAACCUAGAUGCGCCGAGGAAGUGGUUCAAGGCUAAUGUUGACGAGAUCCUGGCGACAUACGGAACCCAACAUCGUAUCCAGAAGGAGGACCUCUUCCUGGUUAUCGGAACAUUAACUACUCCCGAUUAUGCGUUGUUUGUCAGUCAUGGACAUCCAGAUGGGCAAGCCUACUUUGAUGUUCUCCCUCCUGGAAAUGGUCAGCCGUGGGGUGUGAUCAAAACCGACAACGAGGUUCCCUCUGAACUCGGUGGUCCUUCUUAUCACGAGGACCUUCCUUUCGUGUCUACCAGCAAGAUAUCCAGAAACGGCUCUCGGGAUGCCACCGUUCUCAUCGCUCGACUACGCUUUAAACCUGACGUUUUAGAACCGACGUCAAUGUAAUCUACUCAGAUCAGUCUGCAUUCCUGCUCCCGCCUCCCAUUCUUCAAUCUAGCAUCAGAAACACACCAUACGUGUGGAAUCAUGACUUCUCGCAUUUUACGGACUUAGAGCAUAUCUUACUUUGGCAUUACUUAUUAUUGAUAUCCACUGCAUUCGCAUCCUUGUGUCCAAUUACCAGAUUCAACAAUUGUAUCUAGAUUGUAAUAUGCCAAAUCACCUGUAACCUGAAGAGAUAGUUGUUGCACCAGCUGUCGACUCUGUGAACAUGAUGAGUAGGGAAGAGUGAAAGCGAUGCCGU